GUGUAGCUAUAUAAAAGUUGGAGCAUGAACAAGCAGUACUUCUGGCUAUGACUACAUAUUUCAGAGAUCUACAAUAACAAAAUAGUUUCUGUGUGCGUGCUGUUUUUGGACGAGAUUGCCACGUGGACACACCAAGAUCUGACUCACAAAGACUGUUCUCAUUUUCGACAGUGCAGCCCUUUAAAUGGUGAGAAAUUGUCUGUCUUUUUAUAGGACAACUUCCCAUCAUCAACAAUGUGGCUUCUUCUCCUGGUGGUUGCAUUCGCUCUAAUCAUCCUGUAUAGGUGGCACAGACAGAGCCAGAUACUGCAGAAUCUCUCUGAUAAAUAUGUGUUCAUUACUGGAUGUGACACUGGAUUUGGAAAACUACUGGCGAAGCAGUUAGACCAGCGUGGGAUGCGGGUGCUGGCAGCUUGUAUGACAGAGAAAGGGGCUGAUGAUCUGAAGAAGGAGACAUCCAGCAGACUGCAGACUGUAAUCUUAGAUGUUACUGACAGCCAAAGUGUGUGCUCUGCUGCCAAGUGGGUUAAUGACUGUGUUGGGAAGUCAGGACUCUGGGGUUUGGUAAAUAAUGCCGGGAUUGGAUUUAUUCUUGCUCCUAAUGAAUGGCUAAAAAAGGAGGAUUUUGUCAAGAUACUAAAUGUAAAUUUAUUGGGCACGAUUGAUGUGACUCUUAAUCUACUAUACCUCGUUCGCAAAGCUCAGGGACGUAUUGUGAAUGUUUCAAGUUCUUUGGGAAGGCUAUCAGUGGUUGGAGGUGGAUACUGCCCGGCCAAGUAUGGAGUGGAAUCCUUCUCAGAUAGUUUAAGGAGGGAAAUGCGUGAUUUUGGUGUGAAAGUCUCCAUCAUAGAACCCGGUGGAUUCCAAACGUCCAUGGUAAACUAUGACAUUCAUGUGAAGAACAUGGAAUGCCUGUGGGAAAAUCUUUCUGCUGAAAUUAAGGAGAGCUAUGGUGACCAGUAUUACCAAAAAUAUCUACAGUCCCUAAAACAAUUGGUUAGCUCAGUUAGUCCUUACGUGUGCAAAGUCACAGACUGCAUGGAACACGCACUGACUGCCGUCUACCCCUGGACCCGAUACUCUCCUGGUUGGGACUGCAAGUUCUACUUCCUCCCUGUUUCUUACCUUCCCACAGUCCUAUCUGACUAUUUAUUAUGCCGGUCAGCACCCAAACCAGCAAAGAGGGCAGAAUAACAAUAUGGAGCAUGAAACAAAACUUCUAGUUUGUUUUAUACAAUAUGGAAGCACAAGGUAGCUGGGUCCCUGUCAAAAACAUGGUUAAUUCACGAGUAAUGAGAUUUAUAUACUAAACCCAAAUUUGUAGUGAAUUGAAAAAUGUCGACUAUAAAAGCCAUGUUGUGACACUAGCAGAUUGGAGAAUAUUUCCAAAUCCGCUAUUGCAUCACAUAUUCUCCUAAAUCACCCCAAACCAACUCACUCUUCUAGGGUUGAUUCUUAAAGGAACACUAUAGUCACCUAAAUUACUUUAGCUAAAUAAAGAAGUUUUAGUGUAUAGAUCAUUCCCCUGCAAUUUCACUGCUCAAUUCACUGUCAUUUAGGAGUUAAAAUCACUUUGUUUCUGUUUAUGCAGCC